GUCAAGCACAGUUUGGCACGCCACUCACUGCAUGGCCAUUCUGUAUCGACCCAUUUAUCAAGGUACCCGAACACCCUUGUUCCAGUCUUCCAAAAGACUGCAUCAUUUCAUGCACUAUGAUUUACACGAAAACCAAGCCAGACUAUGUUGAUCUUGACGCAAACUUCAAACCCCUUCCCAAGUACGGCAACCUUUCUCAGAAGCACCCUGCCUACGAAGCCGCCGAAGAAGCUAUCAGCGCUGGGUACUCAAAACUCUACAGCCUUCCAGACAUUCAAAGUUUUCGAAAGGCAGCCGGUGACGCCGAUGCAUCUAUCCCGCCUGGUGGCCCAGACCGGUCUCGAGAUGUGGUCACCGAGCUGAUGCAUUUCACAACCCGCGACGGGCACAAGGCAGAGCUCAAGAUAUACAAGUCGCCGGAUGUCGAGCCGAAUGCGGUACUGAUGUAUCGAAUGCAUGGCGGUGCAUGGUGUGUGGGGAGCCACGAGGUUGAUGGUGCCGAGAAUGUUUACGCUGCGACCAACAACAAUAUCGUUGUUGUUAGCGUGGACUACCGACUGGCACCAGAGCACGCGUUCCCGUAUCCUCUCAACGACAGCUAUGACGGCCUAUUAUGGUGCAAGGAGAACGCAAGUUUGUUGGGAGUUGACCCCGAGAGAAUAAUCAUCAGCGGUUCCAGCGCAGGAGCCAACCUUGCUGCUGCGCUCACUGUCGAGCUCCGAGACCACGGAAUCACUGGCGUGCUCGCUCAAGUUCUUCAUUUCCCAGCAACUUGCCACCCCAAGUUCUUCCCGAAGGACAAAUACGAAUUCGGCAGCUACGUACAGAACUUUGAGAACCCAGUUCUCAGCACAAUGAGAUAUGAGGCCUGCCUCGACAUUUACAUUCCAAACGCCAGCCCCGACCACCGACAUUCACCAUUGCUGGCAAGGUCGAAGAGAGGGUUGCCACCAACCCUGAUACAAUGCGCAGGUGUCGACAUCUUGCGGGACGAAGCUUUUGCCUACGCGGAAGCUCUGGAGGCUGACGGGGUGACAGUCGAGGUCUUUGGUUAUCAGGGCUUGCCGCACUGCUUCCCGGUAAUACUGGAAACAAUACCCGAGACUUCGUACUUCUACGCGAGGAUCAUCGGGGUCAGCACGGGCCGUGUUUGA